AAUCAGUAUACGUUCACACUCGCACAGCGUUGAUCGCAGUCAAUCGAUAUUCCAGCCGAUUUUUAGUUAAAAACGAUUUUUCGAUAUAAUCAUCAUGGCGAGCAAACGUCUUGGCAGCAUGGCGUCUUCGGCCAGUGUGAUGCAAUCGACGGCCUCGAUCUCCAGCAAGACCAAGAAAUCGAAAAAGGCUAGGUUGCCGACCUUUGACCUUUCGCUAAGCCAAAAGGUGGACAUUAAGAAGGCCUUCGAUCUGUUCGACACCCAAUGCACCGGGUUUAUCGAAACCAAGGAGCUUCGCGUGGCCAUUCGCGCCUUGGGAUUCGAGCCAAAAAAGGAGGAGAUCAAACGAAUGAUGGAUGAAAUCGAUAAGGACAAGACGGGGAGGAUUGCCUUUAACGAUUUCCUAUAUCUGAUGCGUCAGAAAAUGGCCGAAAAGGACUCCAAUCAGGACAUGAUGAAGGCCUUCUCCUUUUUCGAUGACGAUCGCACUGGGAGCAUCUCCUUUGCCAAUCUAAAACGCGUUGCCAAGGAACUGGGUGAACAACUUACCGACGAAGAAUUACAGGAGAUGAUCGAUGAGGCCGAUUUGAAUGGCGACGGCGAGGUUAGCAAGGAAGAGUUCCUCAACCUCAUCAAGAAAACCAAUUUGAUAUAGUCGACUUUUGUUUAAAUUUACCUCCCAAUUCCAAAAGGGAAACGACGUUGUUUCUAACCCAUAUAGAUUUACUAAUUUCAGGCAGACACUUGAAUACUUUUAACACCAUCCUGACUCGAACACUCAGCAGAGUAUCUUGAAGAAGUUUGGAUAUGCUUCGGUUAAAUAAAGCAACUCACUGCAAAUGCA